CGGCCGCCUGCGAUUAGCUGAAAGAGUGGGUCGUCCUCGCGAACACAGACGAUCUUCGCCGAGUCCGUGUACAAGGUGGGGCGCACAGUCUGCUGGAGAACUUGUAAAAGUUGUGCGUGAAGCGGAUUUCUGAGUGAACGGCAGGAAAACACCUCAGCAGGUCGUCAGAACUCGAGAGCAGAGCUGUGAGCCACCUGACCUAGACCAGAGUCAUGGCCUCUGGUAAGAACAAAAACCAGAGCUCUCUGGUUCUCCACAAGGUGAUCAUGGUGGGCAGCGGCGGUGUAGGGAAGUCAGCCCUAACCCUGCAGUUCAUGUAUGACGAGUUCGUGGAGGACUACGAGCCCACCAAAGCCGACAGCUACAGGAAGAAGGUGGUGCUGGACGGCGAGGACGUGCAGAUUGACAUUUUGGACACGGCGGGUCAAGAAGACUACGCAGCCAUCAGGGAUAACUAUUUCCGCAGUGGCGAGGGCUUCCUGCUCGUCUUCUCCAUCACAGAGCACGAGUCAUUCACAGCAACGUCGGAGUUCAGGGAGCAGAUCCUGCGGGUGAAAGAAGAGGAGGCCAUCCCUCUCCUUCUGGUGGGGAACAAGUCAGAUCUGGAGGAUCGGCGGCAGGUUUCUGCUGAAGAGGCCACGGCAAAGGCAAGCGAGUGGGGCGUCCAAUACGUGGAGACCUCAGCCAAGACGAGAGCCAAUGUGGACAAGGUGUUCUUUGACCUCAUGAGGGAGGUCCGCAAGAAGAAAAUGUCUGAGAGCAAAGACAAAAAUGGGCCGAGUGGCAAGAAGAAGAAGAAGCACUGCUGCGUACUCUGAGCUCAGCGGCAACGCGACCGUGUGCCAAAAACCAAAGAAAAGGAAAACUUCUCUGAGAGAGACUGAAGCAGCUUCAGAUGAGCAGCUGCAAAUGCACUCGAUACGUUCACUCCUCACUUGCCAAACACAGAGCACAACACUCUUGUUUCUCUUCUUCUUUGGCGUCUGCUUGUUCUCCACAUGAUACUACUCACUCUUUGUGCACAGCUGUGAAUGGCCCAAAGUAUGUGGACACGUCUGCUAUAUGUCUGGUAUUAACGUGCUGCUCAUGUCAGCAUCUGAGGGCUGUGGGGCAGAUUGAAAUCGUGCUUUAUCUACACAACAAUCAGAUUACUUUAACUCUCCUCACUGCCAGCUGUGUCCACAAACAUAUGGCACAUGUAGAAGACCACAAGUAUUUUUUUUUUU